UGUGCAUCAGAAUGAAAGUGAAAGUAUAACAAUAGAGGCACCAAAGGAGCAGAGGACGUUAGACUUGAGCUCUGUGUCGCCGUGUAGAGAGGAGCUUGUACGGUAUAAAGACAUGGCCUUUCAUGGUACCCUCUUACUUUGUGUCUUGCUCUGUGUACUUGCAAAAGAUGUGCUAUGUUUUGUGGACCUGGUAUGUGGGAGAGGAACUGUUGGAGAACUCGGCCAUCAGUCAAUGCUCAACUGUAUCAUCAAACCCAAACCGGGCAUAAAAGAUGUUAAUAUCAUUACUGUUGUUUGGAAGAAGAUGAAUGCCAAUGAAACAACUGUGCUCUAUUUCAAGACAAAWACACCAUUUAAGCCGGAGUCAAGCUACAACUUUGCUGAACCGUCUUGGAAAGAGGACAACAUGAAUGUGUCCCUGCUCAUCACCAGCACUAAGCUGGAAGACGAGGGAGAGUACAYGUGUGAUGUUAUUACAGACAGUGGUCGUGCUGAAAAGACAAAAACAAGACUUAAUGUGACAGCCAAGUACAAUGAACCAGUGGUAAGCCUCACCAUGGAGAAAGACAAUCCGCAUGCAGUUUGUAUAGCUCAGGGUGGCUACCCUGCAGGUAAUCUCYACUGGUUUGAUGGAAACGGAAAUAAUUGGACAAACAGCGCCRACUUCAAGGCAGAGAAGAUGAAGGAUGGUCUGUUUGAGCUCUCGAGCGAGUUGCCUUUGCUGCCAGGAUCCACUUUCUCCGAGUACACCUGCGUUGUGUUAAAUUCCAGUAGAGGCAAAGAACAUGAGAUUGUGUUCAAACCAGCUAAACCUGAAGGAGAAAUUGGUGAAAACGACUCUUCCAUUUCCAAAAUCCUUGCUCCGGUUGUGGUCAUCGGAUCGUUGAUCGUGGGGUUGCUGCUGCUGUUGAUUUACAGAUGGCGAUCGAACCAGGUUCGGAGGCCUUCUUCCACGCCUUUCCUGGAUCCAGGACAACAGUGUCCCACAGAUGAAUUGGAUUAUGUGGCUCCUUAGAAGUCCCCCUAAGUGGUCUGAGAAGACUCAACCUGACACGUGGAAACAAAGAAUUUACUGUCACCAUCUAAAAAYCAACACUUCCUUAUUCACUAACUGUCUCAGUAUCACUUGUAACUGCAUCCCACUGUGUAUYAUCAGGGAAAACCUUCAUUACUGUGACAACAUGAAACUGUGCUUUCUCAUAAGUGAAAACUGUCUGAGUUGAGAUAAGGACGACUCGGCUGUUUGCGUGGAGUCCAGAGUGUAUGAAGCCAGAAGGAAGCCAUAUUUCAGGCCAGUCRUUUGAAAUGACCACAUCGUGAACGGGAACAGCAGGGCUCGGAGUCGAACCUGAUCCUGCAGAUUCUUUUAGUUGGCCCGGCCGAUAACUGUAGCUGUUGGCAGCUUGACAGCAGUUUAUUUGAUUGUUUUUAAAUUUUCUUAUUAUUAUUGUCAUGUUAUGUAAGCUUUCAAAGGAAGUAACAAAAUCCUAUUAUUUGGAGUUUCACAAAAUAGUUUUUGCUUGUGUGYGUGCUGCAGUGGAAAAAAAAGCUCUGAAUGAUUUUGUGGAUGACUUAAAUUCUUUUAUUUUUUUAGUGUCUGUUAAAGAUUGAAAACUAAUAUUUACCUUUUCUAAAGAAUAUAAGCUUUAGUGCAUCCCUGAACUAUCUGGGUGUUGUAACGCUUAGAACACUCAGAAGAGAUGUAAUUAGAUUUCA